ACAUCUCACAGCUGACAACUUGGCAACACUGAUGAAAUGCUCACUGGAGAGCCAGACGACAUACCCGGUAGAGGUGUGGACGCUUCUCUUCCAAAAAGCUUCGUCUGCACUAGACCAGGCUCUGGAGUCAUUUGCCACCAUGGCCCCCAACAACAGCAACCCGUCCCUGUCGCAUGCUCUCGAGGCUCUUGGACAGGUGAGAAUUGCCAGCUUCAGCCAGGCACAGCUGCAGAGCGUUAGCUUUGUCAGCAGCUGGUUCAUGACAAACAUCCGUCCGUUUUUGGCCUCUUCGUCGCCCAACUUCCUAUUCUGCCUGAGCUCCAAGAACUUCAGCUGCGAUACCUACCGCACUGUCAUCAAGGCCUUCAGCAGCCAGGCGCCAUUCAUGGACAGAGAAAGACAACAAACAGUCUUGACUUAUUUCAUCAAACCAUUCCUCUCAAGAAAUGACUCAUCAGGUAAAGGCAGGAGCUCAAGCUCAAUUUGGUAAAGUCUCGGUGGUAUGUAGUGGUAGUACCUUGCCAACGCCUUUGUUUCUAUCGUCUUUGCAGAUCCUGGCUGUGUCUCAUCCGUCAGAGGCAGUAAACAGUGGCUGGAGGCAAACUUUGGCGCCUACUCUGGUUUUGCAACACUCCGCGAUUUGCAAGCCCUCAAUCCCAACUUUUCAAGUGUGAGUGGCAACUGCAGUUGUAAUAUUCUUCCCCUCCCAAACUGGAACCUCUUAGCCAUGGUUUUGCAAUCACUGCUGUUUGAUUUCAUAUUGAUUUCCUUUGGCAGGCGGAAGCGUUGUCAGUGCUCACUCCUGCUCAGGUGGCACAGCUGACACUGAGCUCAGGGGCCUUGAAUGACACAGACCAAAUCGACCACGUGUUUGAGCGACUUGAGGAGGGCAAUGCUCUGGAAAAUGUGGAUGAAUUCCUGGAAGAGCUGACAGCAAAUGGAAAGGACCCUGAUUUCCAACCUGCUGUGAGAGAUCACCUAAUGAACAGGACCUUCAGCAUCAUCGCUCCCCAUUUCCCCAAGUUCAAGACAGACGACUGGUUCGCUUGGUUCCACGUGAAGCUGGUUACUCUGCUCCCAAGUUUCAGCGCAGUGAUGCUCAAGAAUGCUACCUCAGAUAUAAACUGCACAAACUACCAUGUUGUUGUGAGCGGGAUGGCCAAAGCUUUCCCUUCAAUAUCCUCGCAGGGACAAGAAGAAAUCACAGAUGUAAUGGUGGGCUACCUGAAAAAAUCUGUCAGUGUCAUCAACACGCCAGUUUGCAGGCAGGGAAUUCAGAGUGAUGCCCAGUGGCUUGAGAAAAACUUGGGUCCAUUUUCCACACGUGCUAAAUACUCUGACCUCAAAGUAUUCAACAUCUCUGGGGUGGCAGUUGUGGAAAACCUCUCACCAAAGCAGAAAGCUGAGCUGAUCCUGGAUCCAGACAGUAACGCUUUGGAGAAUGAGAACAUCGUAAGAGAGGUGUUCACAAGCUUGACAGAGUCCCCUGAUACUGAGCAGCUCAGUCAGUUUUUCCAGGCUUACAGUGACAUCAACAAGCAGAGAAACAUCACCAUCGUGGAAAAUCCAGCUGUACGAGACAUCAUCUUGAACCUGACCUUGACAGCCCUUGCUCCUGAAUUUGAAGACUUUGGGCCUGAAGACUAUAAGCUGUGGUUCCAGGUCUAUUUGGUCACUGUGAUGGCCAGCCUCCAUCCUGGCAGCUUGGCGGUGAUCCCCAGUAACAUCAGUUGUGCAUCCUACGCAGCCAUGUACGAAAUCAUAUUUCUCAAGUCCAAAGUCAGACACUUUGGAUUUUGCACGAUGUCAAAGUGUGGCUUCAGACAAGUCACAAAAAUGUGUGUUUUCUUCCCUCAGACUCACUGGCCUCGAGCAAAGUUUGAAAAUCCUGCCACUGCUGCUUUCACGGGGUGUGAGAUCAAGCAGAGAGUCACUCAAGGAGACAUUCGCACAGAUUCCUUCAAGUGCAAGGAGACCCUGGUCGAUGAGGACCUCGUCUGUGCUGCGGUCGACGGAUCACAACUCCAACAAACUGUGUCUAUGGGCAUUUCCUCUGAAGCCCUGUGCAAUUUUACCAUCACUGCGCACGCCUGUUCCUCGGCCACACAUCUCACAGCUGACAACUUGGCAACACUGAUGAAAUGCUCACUGGAGAGCCAGACGACAUACCCGGUAGAGGUGUGGACGCUUCUCUUCCAAAAAGCUUCGUCUGCACUAGACCAGGCUCUGGAGUCAUUUGCCACCAUGGCCCCCAACAACAGCAACCCGUCCCUGUCGCAUGCUCUCGAGGCUCUUGGACAGGUGAGAAUUGCCAGCUUCAGCCAGGCACAGCUGCAGAGCGUUAGCUUUGUCAGCAGCUGGUUCAUGACAAACAUCCGUCCGUUUUUGGCCUCUUCGUCGCCCAACUUCCUAUUCUGCCUGAGCUCCAAGAACUUCAGCUGCGAUACCUACCGCACUGUAGGCAGUAAACAGUGGCUGGAGGCAAACUUUGGCGCCUACUCUGGUUUUGCAACACUCCGCGAUUUGCAAGCCCUCAAUCCCAACUUUUCAAGUGCGGAAGCGUUGUCAGUGCUCACUCCUGCUCAGGUGGCACAGCUGACACUGAGCUCAGGGGCCUUGAAUGACACAGACCAAAUCGACCACGUGUUUGAGCGACUUGAGGAGGGCAAUGCUCUGGAAAAUGUGGAUGAAUUCCUGGAAGAGCUGACAGCAAAUGGAAAGGACCCUGAUUUCCAACCUGCUGUGAGAGAUCACCUAAUGAACAGGACCUUCAGCAUCAUCGCUCCCCAUUUCCCCAAGUUCAAGACAGACGACUGGUUCGCUUGGUUCCACGUGAAGCUGGUUACUCUGCUCCCAAGUUUCAGCGCAGUGAUGCUCAAGAAUGCUACCUCAGAUAUAAACUGCACAAACUACCAUGUUGUGUAA